UUUUGGCAGUGCCAAUCCAACUCCCACACCAACACCACCCAAAGUAGUGCAUACUACACCAGACAACGACACAUCAUACAUAUCUUUGAUCCUCGUCGUCGCCUUCUUCUUUCUCCGACUCCUUCAACCGUCUACCUGCUGCUGCUACUCCUCUGCUACUCCUGCUGCACCUCCUCCUACGUACGUGCAAUAAGAAAACACGAGAUCCUUCCACUGAAAUCACCUGGGUGGGUGGUUCCGGAAGAGAGAGAACAAUAUCACUAAUCCCCCCGAGAGGACAGCAAGUCUGGAAAAGUCGUGACCCUCUCUCUCUCACCACCACCACCACCACGACUGCCCACAUACGGAGAACGUCGUAUAUAUGACGUGUCCCUCUGACGAUUACUCUGUGACGAGAGAAAGUCCUCAAUAAGUGCGUGGAGAGGGAGCAGGGCAGUGACCAGACCACUACUUGGUGCGACGAUCUGGUCCUCAUUCUCGGCAGUGACAACAACAGGAUCAGGAUGGCUCCCAACAGGGUGCAACGAGACGUGGAAGUGCCACCCCUACCUCCCAUCCAGAGCCAUAGGAUUCCCAGGACGACGAAGGCUACCACGCUAUUCCCUCCAAGUACAACGUUGCCUGCAGAACCACCGACGACCAAAAGUCCGACGGACGUUAUGAUGGAAAAGACGGAUGAGAUCGUUCGUGGGAUUGGGGGCAAAGUGGGGGUGCCUGCGUGGGGCAUGUAUGCGAUAGGAAUAGGAAUCGGAGUACUGAUCCUCGUAGUGUGUUUCCUCUGCAUCCGUCGUUGUUUUCGCAAACGGAGGACAAAGGACGUCAAGAAAGGGAUGAAGGGGGCGGUGGACCUCAAAUCUGUUCAGUUGUUGGGGAAUGCGUAUAAGGAGAAGGUUCAACCAGACAUGGAGGAGUUGACAGAGCACGUUGAAGAGCCCGAAGAGGUCGAGGCGGAAAAUAGAGUCCCGUGUCAAAAACUAGGUCGACUUCAAUACAGGUUGGAGUACGACUUCAAUGCGAACAACUUAUCCGUGACGGUAAUACAGGCAGAGGACUUGCCCGCUCUGGACUUGGGUGGGACGUCCGACCCCUACGUAAAGGUCUACCUCCUUCCCGACAAGAAGAAAAAGUUUGAGACCAAAGUUCAUCGCAAGACACUCAACCCCGUAUUUCAGGAAAUAUUUAUCUUCAAGUUGCCUUACAGCGACUUGAUGGCCAAGACCUUGGUAUUUGCAAUUUUCGACUUUGACCGUUUCUCUAAACAUGACCAGAUCGGAGAAGUCAAGAUCCCACUUUGCCAACUCGACCUUGCCCAGACUAUUGAGGACUGGAAGGAACUCAUCUCCGUGGAGGGUGAAGGUGGACAGUUGGGUGACAUUUGUUUCUCACUUCGCUACGUCCCCACAGCCGGCAAACUCACCGUGGUCAUUCUUGAAGCAAAAAACCUUAAAAAGAUGGACGUUGGAGGACUUUCGGAUCCAUACGUAAAAAUUGCAUUGAUGCAGAACGGCAAACGACUGAAGAAGAAGAAGACAAGCAUCAAGAAAUGCACGUUGAAUCCAUAUUACAAUGAGUCCUUCACAUUCGAGGUUCCCUUCGAGCAGAUUCAGAAAGUGAACUUGGUGAUAACAGUGGUGGACUAUGACCGGAUCGGGACGUCGGAGCCCAUUGGGAAAGUGGUGCUAGGGUGUAACGCGACUGGGACAGAGUUGCGACACUGGUCUGACAUGUUGGCGUCUCCUCGAAGGCCCAUUGCUCAGUGGCACACCCUUAAGGAGCCCGACGACGAGAAGAAGGAGUAGGAAAAGAGGAAGUUAAAUCAUUAAUUCAUUCAUCGGGAUAGGGAGGAGAGCGAGAGAGAUGAUCUUCAACAUACUAAAAAUACACAGCCCAACUGCUAUUACGGUUAUCUAUCAUUACAAAAGAAGAAGACACGGAUGGUCAACCAUCGUCGUCGUCGUCGUCGUCAUAAUCAAUCACCUCUCCUCUUCCCCCGUUUCCCCGUACGUAUUCCUCCUUCUUCUCCUCCUCCACUCUUGAUUAUUACUUACUACUCCAUGAUGAUGAUUUUAUGAUGAUGAUGAUGAUGAAAUUUCCUAAUUUACAUUUCUUACUCUAUUCGUGAAUAAUGUUAUACAUAUUUACAUAAAUAUCGUCGGUUCACUUUAUUACUUAAUUAUGUAAUUCUGAAGCAGAAAAACUGACAAUGCAGAUCUCUCAGCGUAUGCUCUCCGAUUUUGACCAAAUUGAUGUCAAUCGAUCGCAGAUUUAAGUAAUAUGCAAAAGACGCGAUCUGCCAAUGGACACGUUUGGCCAAGAUAUUUUCAUCCAGAGAAAAGAAAACUCGCAAAAAAUUUGGAAAGUUUGUGCAAAAUUUGUCGAAUUUAGAGUGCAUUUUCUUCUCUUUGGAUGCAAAUAUCUCCGCUAAACGUGACCAUUGGGAGAUCGUGUCUUUCCCAAAUUUCAUACUAACUAAAUUUGUAAUCGAUUGACACCAGUUUGUUCAAAAUCGGAGAACAUACGCUGGAAGACCUCCGUUUUGUCAGUCUACUGCUAUUUGUUACCUACCUCCCUUUAUUAUUAGUGAUGAUUGUGUGAUGAUUCGAUAUUGAAAAACUCUCUGGGAUGUGUUAUUUAUUAUAUACGUAGAAAUUAGUGGCCCUCCUUCUCUCCUCUAAAAAAUUAUAUAUAUCUAUACCGUAGGCGUUCCACCCCUCAUUACCAUAUCCUGAUUGAUCCUGAUAAUCAUCCCCGAAAUCUUCUCUCUUAGAAUUCUACAUAGGACAAAGUAGACCUAGCAGUUAAGCAGACAUGAAGGAAAAUUCGUUGCAAAAUCGCCACUAUUUUUGUGACCUAUAGAAAUAGUUGAUUAAUUAAUUAUUGAAAGUAUUAUUGAUGUCUCCUGCACUCAUCCAUACAUAGUUAAUUAACUAAUUAAUUAAUUAAUUACCUUUCCUUUUUUACCAUCAUGGUAGUAAUUAUACGCUGGAAAGUGCUGCACAAUUGUAGCAGUUCUUCUUACUACACUGGAAGGGAGAGAAAGAGAGAAGGUGUUGGGAUUGAAAUGAAUAUUCUCGGCGUUGACGCCGAGAUGACGCCAUGUCCACGAAACGUAUGUACAUAACCCUGCUUACUUACUACCACUGCUCAUUUACAUAUGUAUGCAGCCAUUAAUAUUGGCAGUGGUGGUAGGUAGUUGUGGGCAAAUUGGUGGCGUCGAUGGUAACCCAUCCAGCCUUCCUAUUACAAUUAAUUACCAAUUAUAUGGUCAACCCUGAACUAUACAUCUGCCUUUUUCGAUAUCAUUAUUCUUAAUUAACGUCUAUUAUUGCACAUGCCGGGAGCGCUUGCACUUAUUCACCUACUAAUUAAUUAAUCAACUAAGUAACUUAUUCCCUUGAGAGAAUUCUGUGUACAAAGGUCAACUCCCCCACUGGUGGAUAUUAUAUGCGUAAAAUAUAUAGGCCUAGGAGAAGACGAGGGGUGUUGUUGUCAGGGAGGGGCAAAAUACUUUGUCAAACUGCAGUAUUUUGAGUGAAGUUCUUCCCACGGGUUGGAUUUCCAUGGGUGUUACACCCACAAAAAGUCGAGAAUCUGCAUGGAGCAUACAACAGUCAUGCGAAAAUACAAGUUUUGUGAAGAAAUUAAGUUUUUAUCGCUGUCACAUCACUUAUUUUUAGAAAAUCAUGAAAACAAAGUGUUUUCUCAGAGAUAAAACGUUAAUUUCUUCACAAAACCUGUAUUUUUAUAUUACUACUGCUCUCUCCACGUGGAUUUUUUCGCCUUUUUGUGGGUGUAACACCCCUGGAAAUCCAAACCCUGGGAAGAACUUCACUCAAAAUCCUGUAUUUUGCCGACGAGUUUUGACCACCCCUGGUCGUUGUUGUUGUGCGUGGAAGGCGCCCCAUAUGCGUGGAUGUAUUUGUUAUCGAGUCCUCCUCCCCCACUCCACCCACUCCAGUCACAUGCACAUAAGUACAUCACGAGGUGAUCAUGACUCUGGUCGAGUAGCUGGUUAGUUUUAGUGGUUAGCAAAAAAAGGUAAAAAACAGUGCACGUUAAAUGCAAGCAUAUCAAGAAGAAGAUUGUUCAAGACGUCGGUAUUAUUAGGAGACAGAGUAAUUUGAAUUUCUACAAGUAGUCAGUCGUUGCCAGUGUGGGAGGAGAUGAAGAUGACAAGGAAACUGAAAAAGUGGAUGCAUGUGUUUUUUGCGCCCCGUGUGUGCGUAUGGAUGGACAAUGUCCGCAUAAAAAAAAUAGCGAAACUUAUGUAACUACAUUCAUUUGCAAAAAAAUCUACCAAAAAUCCAAUGUGUGUCAUUUUAACCGAAAUGUAUUACUACUCUAUCGUGUAAGGUGUCAAGAGAUGUUUAUAGAAGUUGUUGAAAGUAAGAGAAAAAUGUGUAUCGAGGCAAAUGUGUAAACGGUGUGUGUCCAAUAUGUAUCUCUAUUAUUAUUGAAACGAUUAAAGUUCCAACAAUUAAUAUCACCAAAUUAAAUAA